AUCAACACCAACGGACUCUCCCACCGUCCGCCCCUCCCUUCUUCCCUCUUUAGCCUAAUCGGCCUCUCUGCACUCACAGGGGAGGCCAAGCCCCCUCUAACUUGAAUCAAUGGCAGUCACAGCAGCAUCAGGAUCAAAGUGCGCCAGACAACUCGUCAUGUCAUGGUAGUCUCAUCAGUGCCCCGGCGCCAGAUUCUGAUUUUGGUCUCUUGUGCGACGUUUCUCCUUUCUUGGAUCUUCCCCUUCUCGACUUCGACUUCAACUCCCAAGGCGUUUACCAGGGAAAUGAUGCGACGUGGGAUUUUGGUCAGAAUAUGGGAGAGGGAUUGUUUGAUCAGAUUAUGAUUUCUGACAUGAACGCUCUGGAUACGAAUACUCAACUCGAUGUGGGAGAUGGCUUCCUCGCCCAGGAGCAGCCUCUCAUCACUGUUAACUCUUCACCACUCGAGCAACCCUCAACAUCAAGCACUCCCCACCCUACCACCACCAACAAAUCUCCUUCAUCAUCUAUCCCAGGAACAUCUACCUUCUCCCUCCACCCAUCCCCCUCUUCUUCAUCAGGCUCCUCUCGGAAGCGCAAAUCGUCACCGGAAGACGAAGAGUCAGCUGUCACCCUCAAACGCCAACGCAACACCCUCGCAGCUCGCAAGUACCGCCAAAAGCGACUAGAUCGCAUCUCAGAGCUCGAGGAGGCAUUGGCUGCUAUGACAAAUGAGAGGGAUGAUAUGAGACUUCAACUUGCGAGGAGGGAAGCUGAGGUGGAUGCCUUAAGAGAAAUGCUAGGGAAGAAGUGAUAGGAAAAAACAUCGGAAACAGAAUGAGAUGAGCAGGAAAGGAAACACAACACAAGAGUUCAGCAUCGUUGUUUGGAUUCGGGGCUUUGGAAAGACUUCUAGAUAUGUUACGUGUUAGCGAGGCGCAUUUCUAAUUAUAAUGUUUUUUUUUUUGUUCAA